AUGUGGGGAACGGUCGCGUUGGCGUGCAUCGCCCUUCGUGUGCUCUACUUGUUCUACCUUCACCCUCUAGCAAAUAUCCCAGGACCACGAUUGGCCAAAAUUACCGAUGCAUGGAAGGUGUACCAAACCUACAAAGGCACGUACACCACAACGAUGAGGAUCAAUCGCAGUUCGGAUCGGCCCCAACGAGGUGGGUGCGACUAUUUCACAUCAACCGCUUUGCAAUCUAAGCUAAUCCUAACAUUGAGAAAUUCAGGUAUCGGUCUGUGAGCCAGAUGAAAUCAAGACGCUGUAUGGCCAUGGAACCAAAUGGCUCAAAGGUGAGCGCGCUUGUGUCGACCGGGGAGCAAUCAACUCGGAGUUUCCAGCAAAGUUCUCGGCUCGCUGACACACAGUGUCUUCCUUUGCUCUGUAGGACCUUUCUACAUCCCCUGGGCAAUCGGCGAACGGUCCCAUUUCGCUCACCUCGAUCCUGCUUAACAUGCGAACGGACGUCGAGCCGUCGCCGCCGCGUAUUCGACGAACCAUCUCCUUGGCCUCGAGUCUUUCGCCGAUUAUAAUACGAGCAAAUUGUUCGGGUACUUUGAUCGAGCGGUCGCCAAGAAUGAGGUUUGCGACGUCGCUCAUUUGAUCGAAUGUGAGUGAAACACUCGAUGUCAUUGACCACAGACAUGUCUGAUUCAACUUUUUGGCCGUACUCAGGGUUCGCCUACGACACAGUCAGCGAGAUAAGCUUCGGCAAACCCUUCGGUUUCCUCACCUCGGGCGAAGAUACGCGCAGCAUCCUCCCCGCUUUCGCCAAGGGCACAGCUUUUGUCGUCUUUUUCGCUUGUUCCAACAGCUGGGGUUGGGUCUCGACGACACGUGCGGUACGAUGGUUCGUCAACAAUGUGCUGGCGAACAAUAGCUCGGCGAUCUUUGUUAGAUAUAGUACUGAGCUCGUGGCGGAGAGGGUCGCGUUGAAGGAGAAUGAUCCCGAGAGCUUUGAAGAAAGUACGUUGACCCCUCCUGUGACGAAGAAGGGGUUGCAAUACUGUCGCUGACCGUUCCCAUUUAAUACCUUGGCCAGAGCACGACAUGUUGUCCCACUUUUUCAAUGCGGUGGAUCCAGCGACACAACAUAAGUUGGGGUUCUCGAGGCUGGUCAGGGUGAGUACUUCUCGCUUUCGGCGCUGGGAGGAGACCUCAAUCUGACAUGUCUGGACCUCUCUUGUGUCGUGAACAGGAAUGCUCCACUUUGGUGUAGGUUCUGCCCCUUCGUUCUGUCCAGAUAGCUGGCCUUACAUUGACGAGUGAAUCCUUCCCUAUGCAGUAUCGCCGGUGCGGACACGACCAAAUCGACAAUGUUGGGCUUCCUCCGACAUAUCUACGACCCCAAAAACGCCGAAAGCUUGGCCAAACUCCGUGCCGAGAUCAGCACCGCCCUCGAGGAAGGCCAGCUCGAUUUCCCCGUCAGUUACGACCAAGGCUCCAAACUGGAAUACCUCCAAGCCGCGAUCAAGGAGGCGACGAGGAUGCACCCCGCGGUCGGGAUGGCCUUGCAACGCGUCACCCCUGCCGGUGGAGCGCAGAUCGGGCCCCAUUUCUACCCCGAGGGAACACUCGUGGGUAUGUCGGGGUGGCAGGUGCAUUAUGAUCCUCGAGCGUAUGGUGAUGAUUGUGAGGAGUGGAAGCCCGAGCGAUGGCUUGACGCCGAUGGAAAGUCCGAUCUGCACAAGUACAAUCUUGCUGUGAGUGUUUUCGGCUCCACCAUUCUUUCGCUGCAUGAACGGGGAAAGAAUUCGCUGAUUAGGCCAGGCACUGCACACCUUCUCAGUUCGGUGCAGGUGCACGCGUCUGCUUGGGGAAGAACAUCUCGAUCAUGGAGAUGCUCAAGUUGCUUCCGGUGAGGCUUCCAUUUGAACACUCCAAUCGAUCUCGUUUGACUGCUCACUGAAUUGCUGCACGUCCCUUGUUCCUAGUCGAUCGUCUGGCACUAUGACCUCACGUUUGAGAAUCCGGACCAGCCUUUCCAAGUGAACGAGAGUUGGUUCGCUGUCCCUCAUGAUUUCCAUUGCAGACUUCGAAAGAGGGACGUGUGA